CGCAUAUUUUCAACAUACAAAAGUCCGCUUCGAUUGGAUCAAAGCGCGAGGGACUGGCGAUAUCAUGAUGCCUCCUCUUUCUCCUCCUCCCCCAUUUUCUCUCUCUUUCUCGAAUUUUCUCUCUCAUUUUCUCGAGAGAGAAAAUCUGAAAACCCUAGCCUCCUUCCCUCUCUAUUCUCUCUGAUCUUCCUCAAACUUUCCUUUUUUUUCUCCUGCUUACGCCUUUUCUUCCUCUCUUUGUGUCCGUACGGACACCGCGAGUCGUACGUAGUGGCUGUUCUGUUGCUUGAUUACGCGGAAUUUUGUUCGGCGUUGGUUUCUGAUCAUCGGAGCCGGCGAGGUGGUGGACGAUUGCUGAUUUUGUUUUGUUUUGGAAUUCGUAGCUAGGGUUUGGUUUGGUUUGGUUUGGUUUUGGGCUCGUUUUUUAUUUGGAAAUUUGACGAUGGAACCUCGAGUUGGCAACAAGUUCCGGCUUGGUCGUAAGAUCGGCAGUGGAUCAUUCGGAGAGAUCUAUCUCGGCACUAAUAUUCAGACAAAUGAGGAGGUUGCUAUUAAGCUUGAAAAUGUCAAGACAAAGCAUCCCCAAUUGUUGUAUGAGUCAAAAUUGUAUAAGAUACUACAAGGAGGAACGGGAAUUCCAAACGUGAAAUGGUUUGGUGUUGAAGGAGACUACAAUGUUCUUGUGAUGGAUUUGCUAGGACCUAGUCUUGAAGAUUUAUUCAACUUUUGCAGUAGGAAGCUAUCUCUGAAGACAGUUCUCAUGCUUGCAGAUCAGAUGAUCAAUCGAGUUGAAUUUGUUCAUUCAAAAUCAUUUCUUCAUCGAGAUAUUAAGCCAGACAACUUUCUUAUGGGUUUAGGAAGGCGUGCUAAUCAGGUCUAUGUUAUUGACUUUGGUCUGGCUAAGAAGUACAGAGACUCUUCAACCCAUCAACACAUUCCUUAUAGAGAAAAUAAGAAUUUGACUGGAACUGCAAGAUAUGCAAGCAUGAACACUCACCUUGGCAUUGAACAAAGUCGCAGGGAUGAUUUAGAAUCUCUUGGAUAUGUUCUUAUGUAUUUCUUAAGAGGAAGUCUUCCUUGGCAGGGAUUGAAAGCUGGAACAAAGAAACAAAAGUAUGAAAAGAUCAGUGAAAAAAAAGUUUCAACAUCAAUUGAGGCCUUGUGUCGUGGUUAUCCUACAGAAUUUGCAUCAUAUUUCCAUUACUGCCGCUCACUUCGAUUUGAUGAUAAACCAGAUUAUGCAUAUCUCAAAAGAAUCUUCCGUGACCUUUUUAUUCGUGAAGGAUUUCAGUUUGAUUAUGUGUUUGAUUGGACAAUUCUGAAGUAUCAGCAAUCACAGAUUUCUGGACCACCUAGCCGCGCUCUUGGCCCUGGGGCUGGACCAAGCCAUGGGAUCCCUCCUGCUGUUGCCAACAUGGAUAGACAAUCAGGUGGUGAAGAUGGAAGACCCUCUGGCUGGUCUUCGGCAGAUCCCUCUCGCAGGAGGACCACUGUACCAGCUCUAAAUCUUGGAAGCUUGAAACAAAAAAGUCCAGUUGCAAAUGAUUCAACAAUGGCAAAAGAUAGUCUGUCAGCUAAUGUGAGGGCAAGUGGAUCAUCAAGGCGAGGUGCAGUUUCUAGCAGUCGUGAUGCAGUUAUUGUUGGAGGUGAAUCUGACCCGUCUCGAUCUCGUGCUGAUGCAAGCCCAGGAGCACUCCGCAAAAUUUCUAGUGGACAAAGAGGUUCACCUGUUCAUUCAUCAGAGCACAAACGUAUAUCUUCUGGCAGAAACACCUCCUCGAACAUAAAGAACUUCGAAUCCACCCUUAAGGGUAUCGAGUCCCUGCACUUCAAUAAUGAAGAGAGAGUGCAGUAUUAGUGGCUGACUCUCGAUCCCCCCAAUCUCUCAUUGUAAAUCUUGAAAACAGUAUGCUUCAUCACGCACUUGGAGUGGAAUUUCUUGUUUCUGUGUAUUGUAUUUGAGGAAAGCAGCAGAGGCUAAAAUCUAUAAGGUUCGUCGGGUUGGGAAUUUUCACUCUUUUUUAAGCGUCUACAGCAGAAUAAAGACACCAGACCACCAACAGGAGAGCAGAUGAUCCCCAACCGAAAUCCAACUAGGUAAGGCUUUUGUGCAAAUGGCAACACAAGUUUGAGUUUGUGUUAGCAUGCCUUUCAGUUUCUGCUUACCUUUUUCUUGAUUUACUUUUCUCUCGCUAUGUUCAUGGUUUCUUUUGACAUCAUAAGCUAUGUUUGUGGUUACAGACCAUAUUAAAAUCCUGUAAAACUGUAACUAGGCCAUUUUAUUGAUUUUUCUGUCUGCCA